AUGGAGACCAACUACGUAAAGCACAAUUCUGAGGCUUCGCUGCAGCAGCUGACAGCCAAAUUGGCGGAAAAGGAGAAAUCUAUGCGCGACGAGAUAGAACAGCUUCGUGUUCGGCUCGACGAAGAGACGAGAGCAAACGUCGAGUCUAGCGCCUUUUUGCACGGCGAGAUAGCAAGGCUGAAAGAGGUGAGAUCGCCGGAACCGAAAAAAAAGAGAUUUACAGUUUUUCAAUAA